UUAAAGGUGUAUGUCACUAAGUUGCUCUGAUUCUUUAGCUGAAUCUGUAGAGUUAAAAAGUUUUUUUUUUUUUAUUUAUUUUAAAUAUUUUCGUUAGUUGUUGAUGUACCUUCAUUUUAUUCAUUUAUUUAUAUGUAGUGCUGAGAAUCAAACCCAGUUGCUUCAUACAUGCUAGGCAAGGGCUCUACCACUGACCACAACCCCAGGCCCUGUUUGUUUGUUUGUUUAAGACAAAAAUUUAAAGGCAAAUUAAAAAAAAUUUUUUUUAGUUGUGUAUGGACACAAUGUCUUUAUUUAUUUUUAUGUGGUGUUGAGGAUCGAACCCAGUGCCUCACAUGUGCUAGGCAAAUGCUGUUCCAUUGAGCUACAACUCCAGCCCGCAAAGGCAAAUUUAUACACAGAAACUUGAAAUAAAAUACUUCAAUAUCCCUAGAUGUCAUCAUAAAAAUGUUAAUUACUUGGUGAUUAUGGGCUUAAUGCUUAAAAUUAGCUUGAAAAACUCCAAUUCUAAAUAUCUAACAAUAGGUGAUUGGUUGAAUAAAUUAUGAUAUACAAUUACACACACGUGUGUGUGUAUUUUUUUAAAAAUAAUACUGGGGAUUGAACUCAGGGCUUUAUGCAUGCUACCACUGAGCUACAUUCCCAACCCCUUAAAUUUUCUUUUUUUUUUUUUUGAGACAGUAUCUUCGUAAGUUGUUGAGAUCCUUCUCCCAAGUGGCUGGGAUUUCAGGUGUGCAUUACCACACCUGGCUAUAAUUAGAUACUGUUGAGCUUUGAACAUAAAAUUAUAGAAGAGUGUUAUGGCACAGAAAGUGCCAUCAUCAUAUUGUUAAAUGUAAAGGAGCAGACUACAAACAGUAUGAAUAACAUGAUUAUAUAACUUUUGUUGAAAUGUUUAUUAACUGGCAAGCUGUAGGCUUUUGUAGUCUGGGAGAAUAAAAGAGAUUCCAUUUAUCUUCUCCAAGUGAUAACAACUUAUGCUGCCCUCCUCUCCUUUCCAGAUUCUGUUCCAUCCUGUAAAAUUUCCCCAGUUCUUUCUGUGAGACCUAAAUGUCAGCAGUGGCCAUCAUAAAGUGCCAUCUGUAUAUUAAUCUUUGGCUUAUCCUUGUUGAUUAAUACUGCCCUCCAAGGGACUCACUACUAUUGAAAAACCGUAGGUUCUUGCCAGAGAAGCUACAUUCAGAGUCUGUCAAAGUCCCUAAUUUUCAGAAUGAUAGAUAGGUGCUGGAUUCUGUUCAAAGGUGUGUAAAAAAAAAAAAAAAAAUCCUCCUCAUAUCUGGGCUGCUCUUUGUUGCCUGGGCCCUGAGACAGCACAAAGUCCAUAGGCCCACUUAAGAAAUCAAGCAACUCUUCCAAGCUGCUGGUCUUCAUCCUUUAUCCACAAGGAUUUAAAGUAGGCAGGUCCAAGCAGAAGUCACUGACUUCCAGUCUAUCCUGCUUCUGGUCUCUGGGUGAGUGGCACCCUGUCAUUUGCCUCAUCCUUCUUGCUGAGGCUCCAAGUCCCCAUCUUUCUUCUUUCUUGCUUUCUUGGAAAUCUGUUCAUUUUUUUUUUUUUGAGUGGUAGAUAGACACAAUGCCUUUAUUUUAUUUGUUCAUUUUUAUGUGGUGCCGAUCGAACCCAGUGCUUCAUACAUGCUAGUCAAGAGCUCUUCCACUGAGUCACAGUCCCAGCCCAAUCUGUUCAUUCUUUUUUACUCCAUUGCCUCUCAAAAUUCAGACCGUCAUUUCUCAUCAGAAGUCAGAAAUACCCUCCUAAUCAUUCCUGGACCUUCUAGUCUUUUCUGUCUUUGGUUAGCCUCCACCCUUUUUCAGUAGGGAAUACAAAAAAAAAAAGCUCAUUAUAGUCUAGCCCUGAUGCACCUCAAUGCUUUCUCCUGCCACUCAGUCUUCUUCACAGAUAUCUUAUGUUUCUACUUAUAGACAUCUGUGUUUGUGUGUGAAUGUGGAUACGUAUAUGUAAGAUAUCUAUGUAAUAUAAAGCUUACCAUUUUCAUUAUACAAUUCAGUGACCUUAAGCACAUUCACAAUAUUGUAUACCCACACCUCUCUAUUUCCAGAAUAUUUACAUCACCCCAAACAGAACAUCUCUAUUUUCUUACAUGCUGCUUCCUCUGAACAGAAAGCCCCAUCUCUCUGCUUCUGUCCCUGAUCCUCCUAAGGUGCUAUUCAGAUUUGAUUCUAAUGCCACCUGCCACCUCACCUGAGAAGCUUUUCCCAAAUCAUCAUCAUCAUCAUCAUCAUUAUCAUCAUUAUCAUCUUCAUCAUCAUCUUUUUCUUCUUCUUCCUCCUCCUCCCAUGUCACUCUGGGCAUACUGCUGUUGUGACACUUGAUCAAGGUAUUGUGAUUGUAGCUCUCUUUUUUUUGGGACUUUGAGGUCUUUGAAUGAAGGCAGUGACUACAUCUUUUAUCUCUGCAUCCUUAGCUUCUAGCUCUGUGCCUGCUGUGAAUAAAUGAUUGGACUCAGCUUCCUAUCAGCUAUGUAAAUUAGCACUUGCUCACUUGCUAUCAUUGAAUGAAAAUCAGGCAGCAGGUCUAAAGAAAUUUCAUAAAUAUAGGCUCUUUCCUCUUCCCAUUAGAUAUUCAUGGAAAUUUUUUUUUGCAGGCUGCUUUGAGUAUGUAAUUUCUCAGGCAGUUACACAUAAUCACUCAUGAUCAUAAUUUUAGUGAGUGAUAGGUUGGGUCAGGAGGUACAGUAAUUGGGGGAAAGGGACAAGGAUUAGGGAGAGGAAAAAUGUUUUGAAAUACUGGAAUUAUAUGUGUUCUUAAAUAGCCAGAAGAAUUAGUUUCCUAGACUGCUUUGUCAGGUUAUGAGAUACUAAAGAAAGAAGGAAAUGGAAAUCUUGUUAUUUUGAUGGUAUUGGAUAAAACAUCAAUGAGAAAGCAUUUUAGAAUGAGUCAAAGUAUUAGCAGGACUUAAGGACAUGGCAGUUCCCCUCCUCCCUUCUGUUUGUUUGUUUCUUUUUCCUCUCUCUUUUCAAGAACAGGAAAAUAGAUGGGAACAUUCUUUUUUUUUUUUUUUAACUGUAGUUGUACACAAUACCUUUAAUUAAUUAAUUAAUUAAUUAAUUAAAUACCUUUAUUUUGUUUAUUUAUUUUUAUGUGGUACUGAGGGUGGAACCCAAUGCCUCGCAUGUGCUAGGCGAGCACUCUACCACUGAGCCACAACCCCAGCCCUAGAUGGGAACAAUUCUUAAAAACAGAACUGCUACUAAGUCUGUUUUGGAACCUCUCAUUUCUCACAAUAGUAGUCCAGUGUUUCACUGCUGGCUAUUCUUUAUCCUGGUGUGAGGUACUGAAUUUGUCAGGAGUGGGAUAGGCUCAAAAAUUCCUAGAAUAAAAAUUAGAUAUGUGGACCUAUCAUCCAUGAACUUCUAUUUUACUUCCUUUUUUCCUUAAAACAAGUAAAGUAAAAUCCUAAGCAUACUAUUUGAAAUCCAGUUCAGCUAGCUGCUCAGCUAGAAAGGUCAAUCUUUAUCACUCCGUUUACACUGAACAAAUAUAUUUGUGGCAGCAUGAGAGGAUCUGAAUCAAGGGGGAAAAUGUAGUUCAGUAAAAUGAUUCAAUUGUCUAAUCAGGCAUAUGGCUGGAACAUAAUUUGAAGGGUCCUUGAGGUUUCUUCUUUUAAAGGUUUGAAAUCAGAAAUCCACAAUCAGCAUAACCCAAGUCAUGCAGAUCUGAUUGAAGAUCCGAAAUUUUCUUUUUCUUUCAACUUCUGAACUGUACUCUUUCAUUUUCUUUCCUAUUUGGAGUCUAGUGAAGAAAAGAAGUGAAAAUAAUUGAAAUUGAAAUUGGAUUGUACAUUUGCUUAUUGUAGAGCUAUUAGUAUUGUGGAUUUAUAACUUAUGUUAUAAAUGAAUUAGUGAUGGUUAUUUUUUUUUUACACAGAACAUUUAGAAAUUUCUGUUUCAAUGCACUGGACAAAGUAGUAUCUUAGUAAUAGGAUUUACUUCCUUAGGAUUUUUAAAGACAUCACUAUUUUUUUAGAUUUAAAAAAACUAACUUAAAAACAUUGGUAGAAAAGAAGCUGACUGCCAUUUAAUAAUAAUACCUGCCUCUAAGAUUCUAGCUUAGUUUGUCCUCUGGUGAUUUAGGGCUACAUUGUACAUUGAUGUAACAGAAUGUUGUUUUGUUUUCCCAAAACAUGUCAUUUGAAAACUCAAUAGAAGGUUGUUCAACAAGGGUCUUUUUUUUUUUUUUCCUUGCCUGCUUGGCAAAAGUAUUUAAUUGGGGAACUUUCCAUAUUUUCCGAACAAAACAUCUAUAAUUUUGUUGAUUUAUUUGUGUAAAAUUAUGUAUAAUUUCAGAGGAAAAUGUUUUUUAAGAAGGCAUGUGCCAAAAAAAAAAAAAAAAAGAAAAAAGAAAAAAGAACAAAAGAAAGCAUGUGCCACCAGGAUACUACCAGUGGUGCUAAUAAUUCAGAUGUCUGUUAAGGUUGUCAUAUAAUUAAACGAUCAGCAGUCAUUUUAAAAAGAGUAAUUCUGAAGGCCCAGCUCCUGCUGUGAGAGAAACUCAUAAAUAGAUCAUAAAUAUAGAAUAACUCUUGCAUGGAUGCUGAUUGAUGAUUCUUCAACAUUUGGCCACUAGAGAAAAAAUGUGAACUAGAGCUACUUUGGGUUCUUUAUGUGUUUUUUGACAUGAACUAUGGUUUUUAGAGGUUAAGAAUAGGGGCAGAUGAAGAACAAAGAAGACUUUUUUAAAAAAUUAAUUUUUUUUUAAUUGUAGAUGGGCACAAUGCCUUUAUUAGUUUUAUUUAUUUUUAUGUGAUGCUGAGGAUUGAACCCAAGGCUUCACAAGAGCUAGGCAAGUGCUCUGCCACUGAGCUACAGAUCUAGCCCAAGAAAGAAGACUUUUUACCCAGAAAUCUAGGAAUUAAACAUGUUUGGAGGGGGUCUGGAUUUUAGUUCUCAUAAAAAAUAAUCUAUGUAAAUAUUAUAUGUAUAAAUGACAUUGACGCUAUAAUCAUCGUGACUUUAUUUGAUAAGCUCAACUCAUUUUUAAUAACAGAGCAAAGUUAUAUAAAAUGAAAAAUUGAUCUCUGUCCUAUUCCUGACCUCUAAUUUCUGAGCUUGCCCUGUCAGAGGCAAUACGGUACUGUUACUGGUUUCUUCUGUAUUUAGAAGGGGCACUUUAAAAGAUGUAUUCUCAGUGUUUAUCACAGUGACAACAUAGAGUGAUAUAAGUAAAAAUGUAUAUCAAAGUCCUUUUUCUACUUCCAAAUGGUAAGUUAGAGAUGAGAUGUAUGUUCAGAAGCAGCACCAACUCUAUUUGGGUCUCCUCAAUUUUCAUAGAUUGUGUUUAUGUUCCUGGAAUCUCAUAAGAGUCAAAUAUGGAAACCUCAAACUUUGGGCUUAUAUGUUUUAAGGGAAAUUUAGACUGCUAAAAGCUAUUACAAAAACCUGAACGUUUUAAAACAUUUUUUUGUAGUUACAGAUGGACAUGAUGCCUUUGUUUAUUUAUUUUUAUGUGGUGCUGAGAAUCAAACCCAGUGCCUCACAUGUGCGAGGCAAGUGCUCUGCCACUGAGCCACAACCCCAGCCCCUGAACUUUACUUUUUAAAGCACACUCUUUCAUGACCUCUACAGUUUAAAAAAAAAUUCUGUAUGUUCUGUUUUAUGUUUUAAUUUUCACAAUUGGGCAUAGUUGACUGACUUAUGUCUCUUGAGACAAAGCAAUACCCUUAAAGCUUUGAUCUUUGCCUACGUGGUUUCUUUGUAGCUCUGUGCUCUUCAUUAUGACCAUUAGCUCAUUUUCCUUUGGAGAACUUCCCUAUUCUAGACACUCCCAUGUAUAUUUUAUUAUACUCCUUAUUGUACCUAGCCAAAGGUUACUCAAGUGAUGAUAUGUUUUGGGCAAGAUUAAAUUUGUGCGUGUGUGUGUGUGUGUGUAUAGAAUGUGGCGGUCAUGGAUGUAGUUUUGUGAUAUUUUGAAAUUGAGUGGCUAAUUCUAGGUUAGGGUUUCCUAAACUUACUACAAAACAUUUUAAAGUGUCAAAUUCAUUAAAGAAAAUACAGGUAGAAAUAUAUAAUUAGUGCUUAGAUUAAAAGAAAAUGUUGACAAAGGAGAUAACUAUUACAGUAAAUGAUAGAAUUUGAUUCUUUGGCUUUUUUCUUUUUAGAAUUGGGUCUUUUUUUAAUAUUUAAUUUUGUAGUUGUAGUUGAACACAAUAACUGUUUAUUUAUAUGUGAUGCUGAGGAUUGAACCCAGGUCCUUGCACAUGUGAGGCGAGCACUCUACCGCUGAGCAAUAACCCCAGCCCCUAGAACUGGGUCUUAACCUACAAAUAAAACAUUUUGUUAAGGACAAAAAGAAUAAAAAAUUGCAAAUAAAUGCUUUAAUUAUAGAUUUGAUUCUUAAAUGCAACACAGAAACAUUAAAAAAUAAAAACAAUGUUUUUAUAGUUCUACAUACCCACCAUUUUUUUACUCAGGAACCACACUGGCAUCGUCUGAUCCUCAUAGUAGGUUGGCAUCAGAUCUAUUCAUUUAUUUUGUUGGGAGUCUUUUGUUACCACAUAAGCCUAUUGAAGAAAGGUUUUUUUUUCUAACAAAGGAAAGAACAUGAGCUUCAGGUUUGUGAUAAUCUAAUGUUCUUAAAAUAGGCAGCUCUGACAAUUAUAAAUUCUUUAAUGUUAGUUUACUUACCAUUUUUCUUUUAAACCAAGUGCUGUGAUUAUUAAUUUUACAAUGAAGGGUCUGACUUUUUGCAUGCUUGGGUCAUGUGCAGAUUAUUAACUAGCAGGAGAACAACUAAGAGUGGUAUAAAUAUUUAAUAUAUACUAAAUAAAAUAUCACAAAUAUAUGUUGGACCAAAAUGACAGGAUUCAUAAUACACUGGCACUUAUUGAAAUGGUAAUAUAUGUUUAGUGUAACUGGUAAUUAGUAGUUUGGGUAAAUGACAAAUCAAACUGUCUUGGCAUAGUCAAAGACUGUGCUACUGUGCACCAUUUCUUUCUUUUCCCCUCAUAUUUUGAAUGUAAACUUUUAAAGUCAAGUGUAAUACAUAUAAUGAAAAUCCCCAAUAAUAAAUAUAAAAAUAGGUGGGUUUUCAUGAAAUAGACACUCUCAUGUAUCAAUACCCAGGUCAAAAAAAAAUAUUACCAGCACCCCUUAAACUUCCCUCAUGGUGGCCCUCUCCCAUUGCACUACUGUUUUUCUUCUACCAAAGGAAAUCACUAUCUCAAUUAUUGAUGUCCACAGAAUACUUUUACCUAUUUUGCAUUAUUUUAGUAUAUAUUCUUGUGUGUCUUUUUUUCUCAAUGUAAUAUUGGUCCAACUUAUCUAUAUUGUUGUACAUAGUUCAUUUUAAUUACUGUGUGGUAUUCCAUUGUGCAAACAUACCAUAAUUCUUUUUUAUAAAAAUAUUUGUAGUUGUAGAUGGACACAAUACCUUUAUUUAUUUUUUAUUCAUUUUUAUACAGUGCUGAAAAUCAAAACCAGUGCCUCAAAUGUGCUAGGCAAGCUCUCUACCAUUGAGCCACAACCCCAGCAAAUAUACCAUAAUUCUAACUGCAUUGUUUUUCUCUUUUUUUGGUACUGAGGAUUGAACUCAGGGGUGCUUAACCACUUAGCCACAUCCCCAGCCUUUUUUAUUUUUUAUUUUGAGACAGAGUCUCACUAAAUUCCUUAGGACGUUGCUAAGUUGCUGAGGCUGGUCUUGGAUGUGUGAUCCUCCUGCCUCAGCCUCCCAAGUCACUGGGAUUACAGAUGGGAGCCACCGUAUCUGGCUGCAUUGUUGUUUUUAAUGGACUUUUGAGGGGUGCUUUCCGUUUACUGUUACUACAAAUGAUGCUAAUAUAGAUGUUCUUACACAUGUGUUUUAGUGUCCAUAUAUGAUGUGUGUAUUUAUCUAUCUAUCUAUCUAUCUGAAUGAAGUUGUUAGGUCAACAGUAUACUUAUAUUCAACUUUAAUAGAUACUUCUAAAUUGCUUUCCAAAGCAGCUGUACAAGUUAUUCUUAUCAACAGUGUAUAUAUAUGCUAUACUACACCCUCACCAACAUGUUAUUAUCUAGCUUUUCAAGUAUAGCCAUUUUGGUGGAUGUAUGAUGUUAUCUUAUUUUUGGUAUUAAUUUUUUUUUAGUGAAGUACUUGUAUAAGUACCAAUUUUCCUUUCUGAAUUAACUGUUUUGAAAAAUAAUUCAUAGACCAUACAAUUCACCCAUUAAAGGGUACAAUUUGAUUGGAAUGGCUGUUGUAUAGUCACAGAUUUGUGCAUCCAUCACCACAAUCAAGUUAGAACAUUUUCAUUAUAUCAAAAUGAGACCUUGUAUCCUUUAGCCGUUAUUACCUAAUUCUUUUCUUUCAUUACCACCUCCCAAUCUAAUUUUAUGUGUAUAGAUUUGUCAAUUCUGGAUAUUUCAGAUAAAUAAAAUCUUAUAGUAUGAGGUCCUUUGUGACUGACCAGAUAUAGAAGACAUUAUAAAGUGGUUUCAAUAAAGGCUUUAUCCAUAAAGUGUAUGUGUGUGUGUGUGUGUGUGUGUGUGUUUUUGCUGCCUAUUUUGCAGCAAAACCAGUUUACUAAAACUUAAUUAGCAAUAUAUAUCAAGCAGUUUUUACUAGAAGCAUCUUAUAAGUGUAUACUGACUAUAAGUCUAAAUAAUGGUUUUAUAUCAUUGAGUAGUAUUAAAGACAUAUAAAUCCCAAAGAAAAAGCUUUGGUUUUUCCAAGUAACCAAACAUGUAAGUAGAUAAGGAAAUUAACAUGGUGAUUGGGGAAAACUAGCAAUUUGUUUUCCCCAAUCGCCAUUAUUUUAUUGUAUUUUUUACACUUUCCAGUUUUUAAUAAUAUUUUUUAAAAGUACAUAUUACAGAAUUUAUGCUCUUCACCAUUUUAAGUUUACAAUUGUCAUGUUAAAUACAUUCAAUGCUGUGUAACCAUUAACACCAUUCAUCUCCAUAUCUUUUCAUUUUAUAAAACUGAAACCAUAUGCUCACUGAACAAUAACUCCUCAUUUCCCUGUUUUUCUGGCCCCUGGUAACCACCAUUCUACUCUCUUGUUUCUGAUUUUGACAACUCUGAAUGGUAAGUGGGAUCAUGCAAUAUUUACCUUUUUGUGACUGACCAGAUAUAGAAGACACUGAGCAAGGUUCAUCUAUGUUAUAGCAUAUGUCAGAAUUUUCUUCCUUUUCACAGCUGAACAAUCUCCCAUUGUAGUGUAUACCUCAUUUUGCCUAUUCAUUCGUCCCUUAAAAGAAAUUGGGUUGCUUCCUUGUUUUAAUUACUGUGAAUAAAUGGUGCUAUGAACGUGAAUGUGCAAAUAUUUCUUUGAGAUCCUUGGGGGCAUCAUAUAGCAUUUUAUUUUUAAGUUUUUGAAGAACUGCCAAAUUGUUUUCCAUAGUGGCUGUACCAUCUGUGUAUCAUUGACAUUCCCACCAACAGUGUACAAGGGCUCCAGUUUCCCCACAUCCUCACCAACAAUUAUUUUCUCUUUUCUUGGUAGUAGCCAUUUUAAUGGGUGUGAAAUAAUGUCUCAUUGUAUUUUUUAUUUGCAUUUCCUUAAUGAUUAGUGAUGUUGAACGUUUUUUCAUGUGCUUAUUGACAAUUUGUUUAUCUUUAGAGAAAUUUUGAUUCAAGUCUUUUUUGUUGUUUGCUUUUUUGAUGAGUUUUAGUUCUCUGUAUAUCCUGAAUAUUAAUCCUUCUUAGAAAUUUGAUUUACAAAUGUCUCCUCCCACCCUUAGGGUUGCUCUUUUGCUCUGUUGCUAUCAUCUUUUGAUGUACAAGUUUUAAAAUGUUAUAUAGCGGGCUGGGGUUGUAAGCUUAGUGGCAAAGUGCUUGCCUAGCACAUGUGAGGCACUGGGUUUGAUUCUUAGCACCAGAUAAAAAUAAAUAAAUAAAAUAUGGAGACAUUGUGUUCAUCUACAACUAAAAAAAAAAAAAAAGAAUUCAUGAAGUACAAAUUGCCAAUUUUUUUGUUCUGUUGCCUAAGCCUUUGGUGUCAUGUCCAAGACAUUAUUGCUAAAUUCUGUGUCCUGAAGUUUUUGCUUAUAUUUUCUUCUAAAACUUUUUUUUUCCAAUUUUUUGGGGAUACUGGGGAUUGAACUCAAGGGAGUUUAACCACACUGAGCCAUAUCUCUAGCUCUUUUAUUUAUUUAUUUAGUGAUAGGAUAUCCCUAAAUUACUUAGGAUCUUGCUAGGCUGAGGCUGGCUUUGAAUUUGCGAUCCUCCUGUCUAAGCCUUCAGAGCUGCUAGGAUUACAGGUGUGUGCCACCAUGCCAGGUUCUUCUAAAAAUUUUAUCAUUUAGUUUUUACAUUUAUGUCUUUGAUUCACUUUGAGUCAAUUCAUUAAUAUGGUAUUUGGUAAGGGUUCAUAUUCAUUCCUUUGUAGGUUGAUAUCCAGUUUUCCUAGCAUCGUGAUGAAGAGACUCAUGAUGAAGAAACUGUUGUAUCUCCAUUGAAUGAUCUUGGCACCCCUUUCAGGAAUCAUUUGGCCUUAUUUAUUUAUUUCUGGGCUCUUAAUCCUAUUCUAUUGGAAGUCACUUUGGCUUCAUUUUCCACUGAAGAAGAGAAGGGGUUUGCAACGUUGAGGGGAGGUGCAACAAUAAUGACUGCCUGCCUCUUUGCCUGCUACUGGUCUGAACUUAUUAUUAUUAUUUUUUUGGUACCAGGAAUUGAACCCAGAGAUGAUUAACCACUGAGCAACACCCCGAGUCCUUUUUAUUUUGAGACACGAUCUUGCUAAGUUGCUUAGGGACUUGGUAAAGCUGCUGAGGCUAGCUUUGAACUUGUGGUCCUUCUCCCUCAGCCUCCUGAGUCACUGGGGUUGCAGGCAUGCACCCCCAUGCUUGGCUUAACACCUGUUUUUUAAAAUUCCUGUUGAAAGACAUAAUGCUUUCAACUUAAGUUUACUUCAAAGUGAAAUUUUGAUUCUAUUCUCACCAUGCAAAGCCAUAAUGUAUUAACUUUCUGCAUAGUCAUAGAGCUUCCAAUUUUAAGUUGCUGCUUCCAUAUGGAAAACUCCUUUAGUUUGGUGUGUUUUUCUUCUAAUAAAGAUGAUUAAAAUGAAAGACAAGGGGCCCAUUAUAUUUUAUCAGUGGCUAAAUAUGCUCACUAAAUUGCAUGUUUUAAAUCUUGAACUUUCUCAUUCAGUUUGGCAGAAUUAUCCUUGGUAACCAUGUGUCCCUGCUGCUUAUUAAACGUAAUUGGACUGCUAGUGGGCAAUCAGAAUUGUAACUGUGAGUAUAUGCUAACAUAUUCCAGACUCUGAAUAGCGACCUUUUACUGUUGAGUUCCGUAGAGUUGGAGUUUUGCACUGAAAUGGAUUUCCUCUCAUAUUUUCUGUUUUGAAAUAUAUGUUUCACUUAAGUUUCCAUUUACUAUUUCUUGUCAACCCUUAUUCUAAGAACUGAAACUCUUUUCCCCCUAAACUCCUUUAUUGACGCCAGAAAUUAAUCCCUGACAGUUUUAUUGGUGUGAGCACAUUUAUGAAACACUGUUCUGUAAUAGUGAAAAAUAAAACAUUACUUGAAACAGUGAUUUUUAAAGAGAAGUUGGAUUUUACGUAGGUAAUGGGCACACUAAGUUGAUGGUUUUAUAACAGAUGAUUAUUUCCCAUUCUUGUUUUGGCCUAGAGUGGGUAGCUGGUGCACUCAGUUCUGUGCUGCUUUGCUAUCUGCCAGCUACCUGAUGGCCUGGAGCAUUAGGACCUCAGGACAAAUGCUUGCAGGAGGCCUUUAUAGAUAGGUUUGUCAAGCAGAAAUCAGUAGUGAAAGAGCAAAAACAGAGAAAAAGACUACUGCAAUUUAUAUAUGAUCCCCCUGGGACUCUCCCCCAGAAAUUUUUAUUUUAAAUCUUAGCAAACUGAGGAGAAUAAGAAUUUUCUCUCUCCAGAAUACUUUAUCAGGACAAUUCAAUAAUAACUCUGUGAUAGUGGGUCUCUGGCCAGGUUUCAACCACCAGCUUUCCUUAAGCCUGCCACUGAAAGGGAGCAUCAUGGGCUUCCUCAAUCUUCUCCCAGUUUAGAAGGUUUGGAUGUUCUGUGGAUUGCUUCUAGAAGGAUUUUAUUUGGAAGAAAUAAAUGGAAAGUCUUAAGAAUAAUAAUGGCAUGUUUAUGAGUUAUGUAGGUAUACAAAUGUUGGUUGAUUAUGAUAAAUGGAUCUAAUGCUUUAAGUGGUGGGUGAGGUUUUUAAGUUAGUUCAUGGGAAACAUUUAGCUCCUGGUACCCUUGAAAAGAGGAGUUGUAGUCUAGGAUCCUUUGGGGUCCUUGAACCACAAAGUCCUCCUCUGGGCCCAGGUAACUCUCAGAUUCUACCCAUGACUCUUAGAAAAUGAUAUUGAAUGGGCUCAGUGACAUACACCUAUAAUUUUAGGCAGCUGAGGCAACUUAGUGAGACCCUAUCUCAAAAACUAAAAAGGGCUGAGGAUAAUCCUACAGCUUAGUGGUAGAGCACUUUUGGGUUCAAUUCCCAAUACUGGUCCCCCGCAAAAAAAGUAUUGAAUGAUAAUUGUAACAUCUAUGAUUCAGUCUUUUUGCUUAGUUCCUGGUGGAAAGGAAGUAGGAAGUGGCUGCAGAGGACAAAAGAUUAAAAAAUUAUUGAAUGCUUAGUGUAUUUGACACUGAGAGAGCUCUUGGGGGCUUUCAUGGUCAUGCUGGGUACAAUUUUUAGCUUUUAGAUGCUGUGUAUUUCCAUUUCUCAUUUAUAAUCAAGUUAAAUGUGUUUGGGCUUGGGGUUUAACUCAGUGGUAGAGCACUUGUCCAGCAUGCAAAAGGCUCCAAGUUUGAUCCCCAGCAUUGUUGGACAAAAAAAAAAAAGUUCUUUAGACAUGCCAUCUUGGCUGUGCUGCAAGGAUCCACUGUGAGUCCCCCUGGGGCUGCAGAGGUGAGAUCGAAGGGCAGUGAGAUUUACAGAUGCCACAGCAAGCUGGGUGGAGCACUACUGGAAAGCUUACUCUGUAGAACUCCCAGUACCUUCUCUAAUGCCCCAGCUAUCUCCUGACACCCUGGAGAUAUGGGUCCAAGAUGGCAGCAAAAUCCGAAACCUGCUGGGACUGGCACUGGGUCGAUUGGAGGGGGGCAGUGCAUGGCAUGUAGUGUUCUCAGGUUCUGGCUGGGCUAUAGGGAAGGCUGUCAGCUGUACUGAGAUUGUCAAACAGAGGGUUCCAGGCCUGUGCCAGUUCACCAAACUGUGUUUCCUGCAUUCUGAGGACAGCUGGAUCCCAACUUCACCUGACAUGGGCCUAGACCCCCUUACAGUAUAUCCCAAUGUGCCUGCAGUAAGGGUACUGCUCAGCUGGGACACCCUGGACCUUAGUGAGUAUGGCUAUCAUCCCCCAGGAGCACCCCCUGGCCUGGCUCCAUGACUAGCUCAAAUUGUGGUCCCUGACCCCAAAGAAGGCCUCGAGACACCUGGUCCUAAAGAUCUGCUGAGCCAGGCUGUUCUCUAGGCCUGAACAUCUGAGAUAGCUGUGCCUUUGCUGAGGACUCCUUGUGACUGCUCAACAUUCCCAAUGCAGCUUGGGUCCACAGAAAUCCUACUGCCUUUUCCCUCUGGCCUAUGAGAAGAGACUGCUAUGAAGAAUGCUAUGUGUGGUGUGAUUUCUGGAUUGUUUGAGAAAGGCUUUGCCUUCAGCCUAUAGUACAUCUUAUCUACCUUCUAAUACAGUUCCAAGAAUAGAGGUAGGAAAUAAAGGUUCUGCCCAUUGUCAGAUGAAAACAAAAGUGCUCUACAAUCAAGAUAGUAUUGUCUACUAUCCAGUAAUGCAUUCUCAUUUCACUAGUGUAGGUUUUUUUAUUGGGGGGAAAUGUUUCUUUGCUUCUAAAUUGGCUUUUGAGGCUAAAUUCUCAUAUCUUGCUUAUUAACAGAACUCUUAGAAAGGCAUUUGUAUGUCACAAAAUAUUUAUUCUAGCUCAAGGUUCUCUGUGGUCAGUGAAAAUAUUUUGGCUUUACGCUCACAUCUGUGUUAUACAGUAUCUUUAUAAAAAGCUGAUUUCUAGUCCCAGAGUGAACAAUUCGUGUUUCUAGAGCACUGAGAAUACUAAAUGGAAGUAAAUCUCAUAGGUACUCUGGUGUCAAUUCAACAGGAAGAUCAAUUGAGGAAAUGUUUCUAGGCUAGCUCUCUGAGGGUGGCAGAAUAUUUUCUACUCUACAGUUCAGUUUUUGGGGUGUACUGUGUGGUACAUCCUUUAUGGUCAGGCAGUUUCCCAUGUUAUUUUGGGAGCUGAAUUUUAGAACUCAUUUAUAUUUUUUAAAACAUUGUUUACAUCUUUUUAUGAAGAAGCACAGAAUUUGCUUGUGUAUCCCAGUCCUCCUUUUCUUAUUUAAACCAUCAAAGUACUUUUUUAAAAUACUUUUUUUUAGUUGUAGAUGGACACAAUACCUUUAUUUAUUUAUUUUUGUGUGGUGCUGAGGAUGGAACCCAGGGCCUCACGCAUGCCAGACCAGUGCGCUACCACUGAGCCACACCCCAGCCUCCAUCAAAGUACUUUUUAUGAAUUUAUAUUUAUUGCUCUCCUCAAACUUUCCCCUUACCUCAAAGUAUUUCAUUUUUUAGAGCUAUCAAUUGUUUUCUGUGAAUGAUAGAUUUUAAAGACAUUUUCUGGCCUGCAUAUUGUAGAGAAACAUAUUUUUCAUAAUUAUGUCUUCCAUGGAGAGUAUAAUAAUUAGGUGAUAAAUGUGUAGAGUCCCCAUAAUGUGGUCUCUUCUGUGAUUUGUUCCAAGUUUUCUUAAGUAUACUUAUAGAAUCAUUAAUUACUGGUUUGUGAGCUUCUAAGAGAAGAAACACAAGUUCCUUGAUGCUAUCAUGGAUUCACUAAAACCAAGUUAUGCCAGAUUUAUCUUCUUUGAAAGGUUUAGUAGAUUGACAGAUCAUGGAAAUGCACUAAGUAAAGCUAAGCCCAAACUCAGCAGAAAGUUGACCACAUUUCAUAGUAUUUUUGAAGGAUAGAGGAAAAUUCGGACUAAUUGCUAAUGUAAUUAAGUGGAUUGGUACUAAUGAAUCAAUGGAGGAAGCUUUCUCUUAUGCCUCUAGUGUUCUCUGUUAGAGCUCCUUGAUCAACAUUUUUAAUCACUUCUUCAGAUCAAGGCUUCUGUAGAAGGCAUGCUUAUUGAUUUCGUGAAAAACAGUGUGGGAAGGAUAAUGAAUACAUAGCAUAAGGAAAUAUGGAAAAGGUCACUGCAGACAAGGACAGGAGGCUUAACUUAAUUUAAAUAGCCCAGGAUAUGAGAGGCUUAGUUGAAGUACAGCUGGUAGGAAAGUGACUUAGCUGUUUAACAGAUAGCUAGUGCGGUGUUCAUCAGUCCUUUUUUGGAGUGAACAAAUAAGGCUAGUAUGAACUUAGGAAUCUCUAGGCACCUGCAGUCUGAUAACCAGAAUUGGAAAAUGAAGCUUCUGCUCUAUCCCUGCUUCUUCCAGAUUACAAGGAGAAUUUAGUUCUGAGUACAGAGUACCCUCAAGGAAAACAAAAAGGAUUAUUUAGAGCCUACAAAUUGUAUCAAGAAAGAAAGUCAAAGAAACUGUAGUAUUAUAGUUCUAUUGAGAAGUUCUAUAGUUUUGCUUUUCAUAUAUGGUUUUUUCCCAUCAAUUUUAUUUUAUAUUUUUUCAUCAAUUUUAUUUUAUAGUAUAGUAGGGAUCUAAUUUACCUUGUGUAUAGAAAUUCCUUUAUAUUGUUAUUAUUAUCCCCAUUUCUUUUGUUGAAUAGUCUUUCUCCCCUCAAUUUGUAUUGUCACUGUCCAGUAUCAACUUUCUGUAUAGCAUUUGACUGUCUGAAUUCUCUAUAAUGUUCCAUUGAUCUGUUUGUUUAUCCCUGUGCAUCACAUUAAUUUAUUAUAUUAUUUUCUUCAAAACUCUCUUGGCUAUUUAUAGUUCUUUAUUCUUCUGUGUAAAGUUUAGAAUGAGCUUGUCAGGUUCCAUAAAAAUGUGCUGUAGCAUUAUUACUGAAAUUGUAUCAGUUUUUAAUAGAGUAAUUUAAAAAGAACAGAUCUGGUUAUCCUCCAGGUAUUUCUAGUGAACAUAAUAUAGGUCUCUAUUUAGUUAGUUUUUUAAAAAAAAUAUUUAUUUUUUUAGUUAUAGUUGGACGCAAUACCUUUAUUUUAUUUAUUUAUUUUUAUGUAGUGCUGAGGAUCAAACCCAGGGCCUCUCAUGUGCUAGGCAAGUGCUCUACUGCUGAGCCACAACCCCAGCCCUUUAUUUAGUUAGUUUUAAAAAAAUUUUAAAUAAAAUUUUGUCCUCUUAUCUGGCAGAGACUUAUACAUAUUUUGUUGAGUGUUUUUUUUCCCGUUGCCCUGUAGCAUUUGUUGUUAUUGUAACUGGUUUAUUUUUUAAAUAACAUUUUCUAAAUUUUUUUAUUGGUAUAUAAGAAUAUUAUUUUUAUAAGUUGAUCUUACCUCUAGCAACUUGCUGAAUUCCCUGCAUUAAUUCUAAUUGUAGAUUCUCUUGGAUUUUUUAAAAGUAUUUUUAUCAGUUGUUGAUGGACAUUAUUUAUUUAUUUAUUUAUUUAUAUGCAGUGCUGAGAAUCAAGCCCAGUGCCUCACACAUGCUAGGCAAGCACUUUACCACUGAGCCCUCUUGAAUUUUUUAAAAAUAAGAGUAAUGAUAGUUUACAAAUAAUAACAGUUUUUAUAAUUCUUUUCUAAUUCUAAGCCUUAUAUAUAUAUAUUUUUUCUUACUUUAUUAUACUGUCUGGGACCUCCAAAACAAUGUUGACUAAAAGUGAUAAUAAUGGACAUCUUCAUUCUAUUCUUGUCUGUCCCUCCUUACCUUGAAGUUGUUUUACCCUUGUAUUACCCCAGGUUUAAUAUGUGGUACUUUCACUGUUCAGUUCUAGUAUUUCAUAAUAGUUUGAUUCUUCCCUAUGAGUUAUUUUUAAGCACAUUAUUUUCUUAACAUGUGAUUAAGGACUCUAUUUACUUUUAAAAUUUAUAUCUAAUUAUUUAUAAUAUGCAUGAAAAUAUGUUUGGUAUGAUAUUUUUUUUCCUAGAAAUUAAUUAA